CACGUAAACGAGCACCCGUCCCCGUCGCUGCGACUUUGGAGUCCGUGUGCGUGUGUGCGUGCGUGCGUGCGUGCGUAUGUGUGUGAAAUAAAAUAAAAGGUUAAAACCAAUCUCCACGUGUCGUUGCCUUGUCGUGUAGCGUAUGGCACAAGAUUUGAGGGGCCGCUUGUGACAAUUUAAUUCGCGGUGGCCACCUCGGUUCGCGUACCCUCGGUCGGGGUUCGUGUGGCCGAUGACAUCGAUGUCGGUGACAUACUAACGAAUGCGCACGCGGAAACGGUCGCGUGCUACUCACGGAUCGCCUCGACGCCGGGAAGCGCUCUGCCGACAUGUCGACUUUCUACCUGAGCCUCGCGGCGGCGACCCUGUGCCUCUCCUGCGCGGCGGCCCCGCGCGGUCCCGGGCCCGACGAAGCGGUGUGGAGGGAGCCCGGAGAAGCCGUGACCGUCCGGUGCCGAUCUUCCCAUCCGAAGCCCGAGUACCUGAGUCUGAUGACGGGUCGCGGCGCCGGCGGCCGCGGCGACGUAAGGGUCCUGUUCAAAGACGACCAGCCGGGCGGCGGCACCGUCGCCCCCGAAUACCGAGGCAGACUUCGGUGCAGCGAAACGUUUCCGGACGUGGACGUCGUCAUCGACCCCGUGACUCCCGCCGACGCGGGACGGUACGAGUGUGUGUAUUUGAAAUACGAUCGCCAACGGCGACCCGUGGAGUUGCCGGGCACGGGGUCGGUGUUCCUGGUCGUGCCGCAGCCGUCGUCGCCGGGCGAGAGGUGUCGAGACGAGCGAUGGGAUGACACCCCCCCUACGACACUGGCGACCUGCGCCUUUGUUGUCCUGGUCGUCGUCGUCAUCGCGUGGUGCUUCGCGUGGACGCUCCUGAAGGCGUGCAGGAUGUCGAAGGAAGCGCUGCGGCGGUGGCGGCAGCGGCAGGAGAGGAAGAAGCUGCAGCGGUUCCCCCUCGACGACGUGUACGAGGACAUGAACGCGACGGUGGCGCGCUAGAGACAUCGGCCGACCGGGGCAGAGAGAGAGAGAGAGAGAGAGAGAGAGAGCGCGAGAGAGAAAUUCCAGCACCUCGGACAGACGCCACCCCCCCCCCCCCUCCCCCUCCCCCUGACUCUCUGUCCGCGCGUUUGCCUGCGCUGGCUGCGCUGGCGGGUGACCAAGGAGGAGUUUGUGCAAAGUUCUUGGUAAGAAUCAUGAAAGUAUACAUGUCUCUCUAUCUCUCUCUCUCCUCGCGCGCUCGCAGAUAGAGCUUCAGGGGGUGUGGGACGCGGGGGCCUCUGUCCGAGGUGCUGGA